CUUUUAGCUUCCAGCAGCCUGGCAGCUCGGAAUUCAUUACUCGUGUAGUGUACCUUCCCAAAUAUUUAUGUCAGGUACUACCUCGGUACCUUAGGUACCUACAUGCAUACAUAUUAAGGUUGUGUGCGUAGCCUUGCGUUGUCUUUGGCGCCUUGGAGCUUUGCCGUUGUUGCCGCCUGCCCCGCCGAGGUGGCAGAGCUUCUGCAGCUGACGACAUUAAUAUUGGUUGUUUUUCAUACCUACAAAUAUUACAUACCAGCCUUAGUCAGGCACCUACUUACUACCUACCUACCUACCUACCUAGGUACCUAUCUAUUCAUCUCUCCACGUCCAAAAGAUAAGGUAGCAACAGUUGCGCGUUAUAGAUUCAUAUAUCCUAACAAUACUCCUAACAAUACAUUGUGUCAUUUAAAAUCACCUUCUCAACAGGUCCAAUUUAACUUGACGAGUUUAACCCCCGCAGUCGGUGUUUGCAACUCACCAUCAUAUACCUAAUUCCUUACCGUUGCAAGAAGGCUUUAAACUCGGAAUUUCCGGAUUAGAUUGCUUUCCGACUUGAGAUACUAAGAACCAUCUCAAGAUGGGUAUUAACAACCCUAUCCCGUCGUCUAUGGCGUCGGAAUGCAAGAAGUGUGGCAAGAUUCUUACUUCUUUCAUCGAUCCCCGCCAAGCGUUCGGCCCCGACAAGAUAAUUCCUCCGUCGGUCCUAGCGAAUGCUAAAGGCCUUGCGAUCCUUACUGUCAUCAAAGCCGGCUUCCUCGGGUCUGCACGAUUUGGUUCUGGGCUUGUCGUCGCCCGCUUGCCCGACGGCACGUGGUCUGCGCCAUCGGCCAUCAUCACCGCGGGUGGCGGCUUCGGUGGCCAGAUCGGGUUCGAACUGACCGAUUUCGUCUUUAUUCUCAACGAUUCUCACGCCGUUAAAACCUUCUCCCAGCAAGGUUCUAUUACACUAGGUGGGAAUGUCUCUAUAGCGGCAGGACCGGUAGGCAGAAACGCAGAGGCCGCGGGUGCCGCAUCUCUGAGGAGUGUAGCGGGUGUGUUCAGUUAUAGCAAAACGAAAGGUCUAUUUGCUGGAGUAUCUCUAGAGGGCUCGGCGAUUGUGGAACGACGAGACGCGAACGAAAAGUUAUACGGUCAGCGCUGGACAGCAGCACAACUCCUUACAGGUUCCGUACGACCGCCACCGCAAGCCGCGCCGUUAAUGUCCGUCCUCAAUUCCAGAAUAUUUGCAGGCGUGCGCCAAGGUACCAUGGACGAUUCCAUGUACAAUGACGUUCCAGUUUAUGAAGAUCGCCAUGAUGACGUAGUAUGGAAUGGCCAACGAGGGAGUGCUUACGGCGAACCUCAGCAUAACAAUGGUCAGGAAGAGUUCGGUGCCCCGAAGCGCGCAAAUACAUGGCAAGACGACGUGUACGAUCGACCGGCCGCUGGUGGUAGCCUGGCUAGAUCCGGCACCGUGAACGCUCGAGCCUCAGCCCCUGUAGGUGGUUACUCAGAAGGGGGACGGGUCGGUCCCGGUAGACCCGCGGCACCGAAACCGAAUUUCACAAGUAAGCAGGCUUUAAUGAAGAAGAAUGAGGCCGUUGCAUUAUACAACUUCGAACCGGACCAGCCGGGCGAUUUGGGUUUCAAAAAGGGCGAUGUUAUUACAGUGUUAAAAAAGACUGAUAGUGCUAAUGAUUGGUGGACUGGCAUGAUCGGCUCAAGACAUGGCAUAUUCCCCAGCAAUUACGUCAAGAUGAAGGAAUAAAAAGGUGACACGGGCUUUCCAAGCUCACCUUCUUAAGAUCAGCUAGACAUGGGAUGGGCGCAUUCGGAUUCGUGAUAAGGGCUGACAGGAAAGGAGGACGGCAGUUAUGAGAUUGCUUAAGAAAUACCUGGCUCGUUCUUGAGAUACCUAGAUUCUAUUCUCCACAUAGGGUUUUAUGAUUUAACUUUGGUGUAAGCGGUGUUUUACCUUGCAAUCAACGAUUUUGAUGCGCACUACUAUUCAAUUUAAGCGUUGUAAAUAUGGGUUUAAGAAUAGUCUAAUAAAAGUCUUGACUAAAUGAAUGGUUUUGAUG